AUGAACAACUUCGGCGUCAUCGAGGUCGCGAGCGCCAAGACCACCAACGCCCCGGGCUGGGCCUACGUGCCCGACACGGGCGCCACCGCGACGCCCUCGCAGUCCGUGUCGGCCGUCCACCUGCACGUGAACCGCAACAAGCGCGCCGCCCGCAAUGCGAACCACGCCGCCGGGUCGAGCGCCACCGUGCAAAAGGGCAUCUCGGCCCGCCGCGACGCAAAGAUCCAGAAGGAGCUCGACGACCUGCAGCGCGACAGCCUCGGCGCCCGCGACGCCCACAUCCCCAUCCCCAGCGGCGGCAGGGACAAGGACGGCAAGAUCAGGGGCCACACCCCAAACGUGAGGAAGAUACUCGCCAGCCAGAAGACCUUUGCCAACCACCUCGACGACUUCGAGGCCUGGAUGCGCACCCAGGCCGAGGCCCCCGUGAGGAGCCAGGCACAGAGCCUCGAGGGCACCCCCGCGCCGACUGGCCCGUCCGCCGGCAGCAGAAGACCUGCCGCCGCCGCCGCCGCCGCCGCCGCCGCGAACAGGAAAGCAGGCGCCUCAGCGUCAAAAGCCAAGACGGCCUCUGGCGGCAACAAGAAGUCCGCCACCCCAGUAUCUACACCCACGGCCGACGUCGACGUCGCCAUGACAGACGCGCCACCAGCGGCACCCACCAGCGCAGCCGACGACCAGCAGCAGCCGCAGCAGCAGCCGCAGCCCGGGCCCGGGGCCCCCGAGCCCGAAUCAGAGAUCCUCACGCCCCUCACGCGCUUCCAGCCGCCCCCGUGCGCGGGCGACGCCGACCCGCUGCUCGAGUCGUGGCUGCCGCCCCUGCCGACGGACGACGAGCUGCGGGAGCUGCUGCGCGCCCCCCCGCUCAACUACAACCAGGCCCGCGGCGAGUGGGCCGACGACGACAGGCGGUACCCGGCCCGGCAGUUCUGCGAGGUGUGCGGCUACUGGGGGCGGGUGAGGUGCAUCAAGUGUGGGACGAGGGUCUGCGCGCUGGACUGCCUGGACGUGCACCGCGAGGAGUGCGUUACGCGCUAUGGACUGUGA